AUGCAGAUCUAUGACCCGUGUUUUAUCAAAAAACCGCAGGAGGAAGAUUUUCAAGUUGAGGAAGAGGAAGGUAGGUCAAUUGAUAACAAACCUCAUGGUCAAAAUAGGAAAAAUUUGUUUGCCCAAGAGUUUUUGUUUGUAUUUAUUUAUUCGGCUUCUUUUCAGAGGAACCAGGACAGUCAACAUCUGCUUCAGCUGGUGAGUUUAGUAUAUUAUUUUAUUUAAUUUGUAGGAAUUAUUCGAUUUAAUGUUAUUGUCUUUAUAUUGUUCUACGUCAAUUUGUAAAUUAGGUCGUUUUUAUUGGAUCAUGUAUCUAGAAAGCUUUAUUAGUUACUAACCUUCGUUUUAUUAUUAAAAAACUUUUAAAAAAAGGUGAUCGUCUAUAUGUUAUACUGUUAGCAUUAAGUCUUUAAUAUCAACAAUUGAAUUCAUUUUUUAGAGCCCGAGAGACGACUUGUGGAUGGGAAAUGGCUGUGUCCAUCAGCAAACGGGUUUUUGGAAUAUGUUGACAAUGAAUGGAAGCUGAUUCCAGAUCAAAACAAAGAGGAACUUCAGACGAAAUGGGAUCAAGCUCAGCCAAUGGCCGAGCUACCUCAACCAACUUGUGAAAUAAAUGGUGUAAAGCACACUUGGAAUCCAACAGCAAACUCAUGGAUACCAGAUUCGACUCCAGAUGAAGACUUUCUAGCUCAAUAUUAUUUGAGUUAUCCCGUGAAUGAAGAAGUUGUCAAUAAAGAAGGGGAAGAAGAAGAUAAAAAGGUGGACAAGAAGCAAAAACAAGCUGAAAAAGCAGCAUUAAAGAGGGAAAGAGCGGAAGAAGAGAUUAGACGGUCUAAAGGAUGGGUAGAGCAAGAUGAAGUCCAGAACACGAAAGUUUAUGUCUCUAAUCUCCCUACAGAGAUCAAUGAGGAUCAGUUUAUUGUAAGUUUGUUAUCUUUUGUUUUUAUUUGUUUAGGUAGAUAUUAGCUUACUGAAUUGAAUCUUUAUAGGAAUUUAUGCAAAAGUGUGGAGUGAUAAUGCAAGAUCCCAGAAACAAGAAGCCCAAAGUAAAGUUAUAUCGAGAUGAAGAGGGGAAUCUGAAAGGAGAUGGUAUAUGUUGCUACGUCAAGAGUGAAAGUGUUCAACUAGCUUUGGAUAUUUUGGAUGGUUGGAAUUGGGAUGGGAAGAUUGUGAAAGUGGAAAAGGCUAAAUUUGAAAUGAAAGGAGAAUUUGAUCCAUCGAAAAAGAAGAAACGAUUAACGGCCGAACAGAAGAAACGGUUUUUGGAGGGACAAAAGAGGUAUGUUUUGAUUGUUUUCCCAUUUUUUAUAACUAAUGUGUAUCAUAAUGGUUUAGAAACUGAUUUUUUUGGUUGUUGUGCUUUAUUUUUUGUUUGUUUUUGGCGUUUUCAUGGCAAAAUUUAUUUAAAAAGAUGUAAAAUAUAUAUAUUUUAUAUUUGUUACCUAAAAUAAUAUUUUUGGGCGUUUUACCUUUAUUUUAGACAUAAGUGUUACAUUUUACGGUUUUAAUAAUAUCUUUAUAGAUUAUUCGAAUGGGAACCAGAAAAAGAUCGUGCUUAUCGACCACCGUCAGAUUGUACCGUCGUAAUGAAGAACCUGUUCUCCUUGGAAGAGAUGGAUACUACUCCAGAACUUAUGUUUGAUUUAAAGGGUGAAGUCAGACAAACUGCCGAAACUUUUGGUACUGUCAAGAAUCUGGUUUUAUAUGAUGUAAGUUUGAUAUUUAUUGUAAAUUGGGCAUGCUGAAUUAUGGUAAUGGUAAUAUUUAAUAUUUUAAAGUUCAACUUUUUUGUAAAUUACUUUUCUUUUAACGCCAAGUAGUCUUAAGUAAUAAGAUUUUGUUUCAGACAAACCCAGAAGGAGUAAUCACAGUCACUUAUGACAAUGUAGAGUCAGCUGAUCUCAUGGUGAAGUUAUUGAACAGAAUCAUAAAAAGAGGACGCAAAAUCUACGUGGAAACGUGGGAUGGAAAGACAAAGUAUCGUCUACAAGAAACAGAAGAAGAAAAGGAACGACGAGCACGGGCGUGGGAACAGUUCUUGGGGGAGGAUGAUGAAGACGGGACAGAAGAAACAGAAGGUCAAGUGUAA